UGCUUUGGCUGCUAGCCCAACCAGAGUGGUCUCGCUUGGAGAUGGGUCUCACCAUGCCCCCAAUCCCCCUUAGCAAUGCCAGUCUCCAGUUGUGAUGGUGGGGUCCCUGAAGGAACCAGCAGCCUCACCACCCACGGGCCGGUGAGCAUGGUGGCAGCCUGGUGUGGGAUCACUUCCAGUUCUGCCUUAGUGACCCUUUACAUGCUGUCUGCACCUACUGCAGGGCAUGGGUCAGCAGGGAAAAGGACCCCAAGCGUCUUGGGACUAUGGUGAUGCUGUUGCACCUGCGACCCCUUUCACCUGAGGGUCCUUUCUCCUGCUGGAAGCAAUAGGCCUGGCGUGCCCUCGGCUAGCAGAACAGCUGCUCCUGCUCCCAAGCCUCCAGGAUUCGAAGGUCACUUGCAAUAGGGGGCUCCCACCACAAAGGCCCUGAUCAGGCCCAUAGGCAGCCUCAAUGUACACCCUGGGACAUCCCCUGGCUACGGGUCCCUGCUGUUCCCAUGGCAGCUCUUGUGGAGAAGUGCCAAAAGAUAGUCGGCCAUUUCCACCGGGGUGAAAAGGCUCAGCAUAUGCUGAAAGAGAGGCAGCUUGAGCUGGACCUACCUGACCUACCUGAACACCUGAUGCCUUUGCAGGUUCCUACCCAGGGGGACUCUCACGUUCUUCUCCAGGAUGGUUUGGUUGGGGGGUUUUCUCCUCCAUGCUGCGCCUCAGGAGAGGCAAAGAGGUCAUCCUUGUCUGGACCCAGUUCUUGUCCGCCAUUACGGAAGAUGUCAAAGACGUCAGGUCGUUGGGUGGUCAACUCCUUUCCUAUGAUAAGGACGAGGCCAUGGAAGCCGUACUGCAAAAUGAAGCCGCCUAUGCCCUUCAAUCUCAAGGCAGCAGCCGUCAACGUGGCGGUGUCCGGGCUGAACCAACUGGACCCAGGGCCCCAGGAGAACAUGGCAUCCUGCAAGAAGGUGCUCAGAGGGCUGCUGGAGGAGGCCACCUCUAUCCAGAACAUAAUUGGCAUCUUGAAGGAGCUCCACAGGUACAUCAACAUGGAGAAGCCCCGCCUGCAGACUCUGGGCCGAGAAGCCUACAUUGAUGCUCUGGCUCACGUGGCCAGACUGCCCAAUAUGGAACUGGCCACAUGGAAGGUUCUGUUUCUCAAGGAAGAGCAGUUGGCUCAUCAUAACAUCCAGAGCACCAUCAAAGAUGGCCUCAUCUUAGAGGAUUUCCAUGAAAAGGAGGAGUUUGUGGCAUCCUGCAUUUCCUUCCUCUUCUUUUUAAUGCUAGCAGCCUAAAUCUAGGAGAAUAUCUGCCUGGAGGAAUUCUAUGUUUUAAAAAAUACAUAUCAUACAUAUUACAUAAUUGUUUUUAACAAUGAC